AUGUCCCGACUCAUAUUCGUCGCCCUCGGCGUAUUCGCCUUGCUUUCUUCUCCGUUGAAUGACGGCGGUCGAGUCGAUGCAGUUCCCCAACAACAACCAUCGAGCCACCAUAAAAACGCGACGUCCGAUCCGCCAAAUUUGACGAAGGCGGAUGAAGCUGGUAUGGACUCCACCAGUCUUGUCGACCGAGGCCAAAUGAAGACGAAGGGCUUUUCAAUGGACGAGACAGUCUCGAAAGACCACGCCAACGAGGAGCGAAUGGAUGUGGCUCCCCCGAAUCUUGAAUCACUGUUGGCCGAGUUCGAUGAGUACUCCUUGAAACUUCCCGUGUACAAAUUCAGGGAACUCGGCCUCGAAAAGGGUCAAAUGGACGUCCAAACCUUCGUGACCUGGCUAGAUUUAAUCACUCGGACUGUCAAGAAAGUUCCCGCGUGGACAUACGAUCGGGCUGUCGAUAUACUGAUAGAAGCUGGACUCACAGUUGAGGCGGUAAAGGUGCUUCUAAAGCUGAAGGGCCACGAGAAAUUCAGCGGGCAGGCCAUCCUGAUGUACAGGUAUUUUGCCGAAAAUGUCCCAACAGACUCCGAUGCGAUGGUUCAAGUGUGGAAAGAAUUGAAAUUGAACCCUCACCAUGUUUUUGAGAGUCUCUUACUGAACGAUCCAGAGGCACUUAUUGCGUUCCCGGGAUCUUCGAUACAUUGGAUUAAGUACACUGAGCGGCUACGGAAAGACAACGCAGACAUCCAGAUGACCAUCAAAGAUACGGCGAUGGCUUUAUACAACAAAGAGUACGAUCGUACGAUCAUUGACGGCUUCAUCAAGGAGGUUGAGAAAGUGAACGAUCUUAAACUCCUUGCUUAG